ACCCUCGAGAAGCUUCAGCCGACAGAAAACUCCUGACACGCGGGCGUGAACAACUCGGUGUUCCGCCUGCAAUUGUGCUGGCGCCCGGCGCUCUGCACUUUUUGAUCCGGUCAAGACGUACGACGACAGAGCGAAUCUGGGCGGGAAACAAUGCGCGUAUUCGACGUGACAUUUUUGUUUGGCGUGGCCGCGCUGGUCGUUGCCCAGUCGCCAACUGUGGAUGACGACGAGGAGCCGCCGAAGGAAACCACAUACUUCAACGGAAAAGAGGUCCCGCCGAUGCUCGAGCUGACACCGAGCAACUGGGACAAAGAGCUGAAGGCGUCCAAGUACUUGAUGGUCAAGCAUUACAGCCCGUACUGCCCGCAUUGUAUCGAUUAUGCUCCGACGUUCCAGACGUUGUACGAGUUCUACUACACCUCAUCUCCCGCCGGAAACGCGCCCAAGGAUGCCAGUUUUACCGACUUCUAUGAUUUCCGAUUUGCCGACGUGAACUGCGUCGCAUACAACGACCUUUGCACCAAGAACAAAGUAUCGUCAUGGCCGACUACCAUCCUAUACGAGGACGGCGAGCCUAUCGUGACCUUCAAGGGUGUCAAGGCCAUGAAGGUGUUAAGCAGUGCAAUCGAGGAUGCGCUUGAGAAGGCUAAGCCGGGAACGCGUCCUUCCGCGAUCGAGCUGCCGGAACCCGGCGCCAAGUCAUAUCCCCCAUCCAACGACGCAGCGGUUGACAAGCCGGACCCUGAAGGGAAACGCACACCUGCAAAUCCAAAAGACCAACCGGAUAAAGGGGCGGCUCCUGCGUCGACGUCGCUUGCGUCAGAGCCAGCGACCCCAGAGUCAACGAGCCCCAAAUACCUCGUGGUUCCGUUUGACCCGCCCCCUCAGGUUGUGGUGAAGCCGACGACCACGCCUAACCCCAAUGGUGAAUCGGUUCCCCUGACGGCCGAGACUUUCCAGAACUUGGUGACCACGACGCACGAUCCUUGGUUCAUCAAGUUCUACGCUCCUUGGUGUCACCACUGCCUGAAGGUCAAACCAACCUGGGAUGAACUUGCGAAAGAGGUCAAGGGCAGGCUCAACAUUGGCGAGGUCAACUGCGACGCCGAAUCCCGGUUGUGCAAGGAUGUCGGCGUCAGGGGUUACCCCACCUUCCUGUUCUUCAGGUCCGGCGAGCAUGUCGAGUACCAGGGCCUUCGCGGCCUGGGCGACCUUAUCCAGUUCGCCGAGCAGGCAAUCGAGCUGGCGAGUGGCGUCCAAGACGUCGACGCCGACUCGUUCAAGGCCCUCGAGGAGAAGGAGAAAGUCAUCUUCCUCUACUUCUACGAUCACGCCGCCACGUCCGAGGACUUCAUCGCUCUCGAGCGUCUGCCGCUGAACCUGAUAGGCCGUGCUAAACUGGUCAAGACGCGCGACGUCAGGCUGUAUGAGCGGUUCAAGAUCACUACGUGGCCGCGACUGCUCGUCUCGCGUGAGGGGCGUCCUACAUACUACCCGCCGCUCACCCCGAGGGACAUGCGCGAGACGCAUUUAUUGAUGAACUGGAUCAGGUCCGUGUGGUUACCGUUGGUGCCGGAGCUGACGGCCUCGAACGCGCGCGAGAUCAUGGACGGCAAGAUUGUCGUUCUUGGCAUCCUCAACCGGGAAAACGACGAGUCGUUUCAGAGCGCGCUCCGUGAGAUGAAGAGCGCCGCCAACGAGUGGAUGGACAAGCAAAUCCAGCUCUUCCAGCUCGAGCGGCAGGAGUUGCGCGACGCCAAGCAGCUGCGGAUCGAGGAAGCCGAGGACCGCGGCGACGAGCGGGCGGCUCGCAAUGCUAAGAACAUCCGGAUCAACAUGGACAGGUCGGACCGCAAGGAGGUUACUUUUGCGUGGGUCGACGGCGUCUUCUGGCAGCGGUGGAUCCGCACUACAUACGGCAUUGAUGUAAAGGAUGGCGAGAGAGUCAUUAUCAACGACGAGGAUAACCGCCGUUACUGGGACCAAACCAGCACCGGCAACCCCAUCGUCCCGUCGCGCACCUCAAUCCUGGAGACCAUCAACAAGGUCACGGCCAAUCCGGCCAAGAUCAAGCCGAAGCUCACCAUCGGCUUCUUCGAGAAGCUCAUCUUUGACGUCAAGACCAGCUUCAAGGAGCACCCGUUCCUCAGCUCGGGCUGCGUCCUCGGCAUUGCCUUUGGCUGUCUCUCGUGGUUACGCGGCGGGAUAAGGAGAUUGAGGGCCGGCCACUUUAAGCUCGACGACGCUCCUAGCAACAGGGCGCCGCUUCUGGGGCUGUCCUCCGACGGCAGCAAGGUGGACUAGACACGAACUCCGGGAUGGGUGGAUAGAAUGGGCUUGGAUCGGUUAAAGGGAUGGGCUUCUGAUGAUAUUCGGGGCUUUUUUCCGCAUAAAUGGGUGUUUUUGUGUAUAACACGUGGUCUACGACGGCUUUCUCCUGGGUGUCUGGACAGUGUCGAUGUUUGGUAAGGGGGUGGUCAGGCCUCGCUCGGGCUGC